UAUUUAGUAUUUUUAUUAUACCAUUACCAUUAUCAAAACACACUUUGUCAAGGUUUAUCUAAACAGAAAGAUAUCAGCAGAAUAUCAGGAAUUAUGUCGUAAAUAUUUAAACAAUUUAAAAGAAUAUUUUUGAGGAAAUUUAAUUCAAUAUAAUUAUUUAUAAAUAUUCAACAAACCCAUAUACCACUUAUUAAAUUCAACAAAUUCAACAGGCCUCUAUUACUGAGCUGAAGAAAUAAUUUAUAAUAAUAAUAAUAAAUAUAUAAGUAUAGCAAUUUCACUAUAUUAUUAAACAUAAUUUAAUAUGUCUGACAUUAAAGAAUUUCGAAGCAUUGAAGAUAUUUUGAAACAACUGCCCAAAGAUGAUUAUGAAAAAGUUCAUAAUGUACUUUAUGGACAAGAAACACGUGAAAUAAGUGUGCCCGAAGAAGUAAGCAAACUAGCGUCCCUUUAUAAAAUUAAUGUGGUAUCGAGUGGAUUCAAGUGUAAAGAGGAGCAGUUGAGAGCUCCGAGAAAAGUUAGAGUGGGACUAUUCCAGCACGAACACCCUGUUCCUACGUCCACUCCUAUUAAAGAGACCCGCGAUGCAAUGUUUAAGCUGGCUAAGGAAGCCAUUGAAGUCGCAUUUAAGGGAGGUGUAAAUAUCUUCUGCUUUCAGGAGGCAUGGAAUAUGCCAUUUGCGUUUUGUACCAGAGAGAAGAUUCCAUGGUGCGAAUACGCAGAAAGUGCAGAACAGGGACCUACUACAUUAUAUUUAGCAGAGUUGGCCAAGCAAUAUAAUAUGGUAAUAAUUUCUCCAAUUUUGGAAAGAGACCAAACACAUUGCGAGACUAUUUGGAAUACCGCAGUUGUCAUAGACAAUCACGGAGACUACUUAGGAAAACACAGGAAAAAUCACAUACCGAGGGUUGGUGACUUUAACGAAUCUACUUACUAUUUCGAAGGGAACACUGGACACCCAGUAUUUGAGACGGAAUUUGGAAAAAUAGCAAUUAAUAUCUGCUACGGAAGACACCACCCUCUAAAUUGGUUGGCUUUUGGCAUCAACGGAGCCGAAAUCGUGUUCAAUCCGUCUGCUACCGUUGGAGAACUGAGCGAGCCUCUGUGGGGUAUCGAGGCAAGAAAUGCUGCUAUAGCAAACGGAUAUUUUACGUGUGCGAUUAAUAGGGUCGGAACUGAAAUCUUCGAGCACGAAUUUACGUCUGGCAAUGGCAAGCCGGCACACAAAGAUUUUGGUCAUUUUUAUGGUUCUAGUUAUGUAGCUGCACCCAACGGUUCUAGAUCACCGGGGUUACCAAGAACCACAAACGGUUUACUAAUAGCGGAAUUGGACCUAAAUUUGUGCCGACAAGUAAAAGACCAUUGGGGAUUCCAGAUGACGCAAAGGCUCGACAUGUAUGCAGAUUUCUUACGUUUGGCUAUUUCGCCGGAAUUUGUACCUCAAGUUAUAAAGAAAAAGUAAAGCAAGUUGUAAACGGAAACUACGGGAAUGCAGGAAACGAAAUUAUAGAAAAAUAUAAUUUUAAAUUAAGGAAAAAUAUUUAACGUACAUAAAUUAAACAUUAUUAAUAAUCAGUUUACUUUACAGCAA